AUGGAGGCUGAUUCUGGGCCAGAGACUACUGAAUCUGAUGAUGAGUUUCAUAUGUGUGAGAUAUGCAGUAGUGAAGAGGAGAGGAAGAAAUUGCUUCAGUGUUCCUGUUGUGGGAAACUUGUGCAUCCUGCUUGUUUAGUUCCACCUAUUACAGAUUUAGUCCCUGAAAAUUGGUCGUGUUAUUCAUGCAAGGAGAAAACAGAUGAAUACAUGCAAGCAAGGCAUGCCUAUAUAGAAGAACUUUUAAAGAGGUAUGAACAAGCUUUGCAGCGCAAGUCAAAAAUUUUGGAUAUAAUUCGCUCUUUAGAUCUUCCAAACAAUCCCUUGGAUGACUUUAUUGAUCAGAUUGGAGGUCCUGAUAAAGUUGCGGAAAUGACAGGAAGGAGAGGCAUGCUUGUAAGGGCUUCUAGCGGGAAAGGUGUGACUUACCAGGCACGAAACACAAAGGAAGUUACAAUGGAAAUGGUCAAUAUGCAUGAAAAGCAGGUCUUUAUGGAUGGUAAGAAGUUUGUUUCCCUUAUAUCUGAGGCUGGAUCAGCUGGUGUAUCGUUGCAUGCAGAUAGAAGAGCAGUAAAUCAGUUUGGAAGAACUCAUCGUUCCAAUCAAGCUUCUGCACCUGAAUACAGGCUACUUUUUACCAAUCUUGGUGGAGAACGGCGUUUUGCAUCAAUUGUUGCCAAGAGGUUAGAAUCUCUUGGAGCCUUGACACAGGGAGAUCGUAGGGCUGGGCCAUCUUUGAGUGCUUACAACUAUGAUAGUUCUUAUGGUAAAAAGGCAUUGGUGGUUAUGUAUAGAGGGAUUAUGGAGCAGGAUAAUCUGCCUGUUGUACCUCCUGGAUGUUCAUCAGAAACAAUUCAAGAUUUUAUCACAAAGGUAAAGGCUGCUCUUAUUUCUGUCGGAAUUGUUAGGGAUACAGUUCUUGGUAAUAACCUUUUUGCAUCUGAAAUGAGUAAUGGGAAGGAUAAUGGAAAAUUCUCUAGCCGAAUAGUUGAUUCAGACAUGCAUGAUGUUGGUUGUUUCCUAAAUCGUCUGUUAGGACUGCCACCUGAUAUUCAGAAUAGGCUAUUCGAGUUGUUCAUAAGUAUCUUGGAUGUCCUGAUUCAGAAUGCAAGAAUUGAAGGAAAUCUUGAUUCUGGAAUUGUUGACAUGAAAGCUAACAUCAUUGAUUUACAAGGAAAACCAGAGACUGUCCAUGUUGAUCCUAUGUCUGGGGCAUCAACAAUGCUGUUCACUUUCACUUUGGAUCGUGGAAUCACAUGGGAGGCUGCAAGUACCAUGCUUGAUGAGAAGAAGGAUGGACUUGGUUCAGCCAGUGAUGGAUUAUAUGAAUCUAGAAGGGAAUGGCUAGGAAGACGUCAUUUUGUUCUAGCAUUUGAGAGUUCUGCUUCUGGAAUGUUUAAGAUAGUCCGUCCAGCCGUUGGAGAGCCAGUAAGAACUGAAAAAAAAAAAUACAGAAGAAUUUCAUUGCUAGAGAAAGCUCGUUGUGGAUGGGAAGAUGAAUAUGAAGUUUCAUCUAAACAGUGCAUGCAUGGCCCCAAUUGUAAGCUUGGCAAAUUUUGUACAGUUGGUAGAAGAAUCCAGGAAGUAAAUGUUUUGGGUGGUCUCAUUCUUCCAGUUUGGGGCACGAUUGAGAAGGCCCUAUCUAAGCAGGCCCGUCUCAGCCAUAGGCGACUUCGUGUUGUACGGCUAGAAACCACUGCUGAUAGCUAG